GGCACCGGAUACCUCUAGAAGUGGGGAGGGUAACGAAACCGGUGAUAAGCUCGUAGUGAUAGGAAGUGAACUUAUAUUGAUAAAACUUUACAAAGACUAGUAAAUUGUACUUAAUUCCGUUAAUAUUUAAUUGUUAAAAAUAUGGAGAAACCAACUAUUUUAAUAUUGGGUGGAUGUGGUUUUAUUGGAAGAAAUUUAGUUGCAUAUUUAGUAUCGAAUAAUCUAGUGAAGUUCGUUAGAAUUGUUGAUAAAGUGCCUCCCCAAGUUGCGUGGCUCAAUUCCGCACAUCAAGAAGUCUUUAAUAAUCCCAUAAUCGAAUAUAAAAGUGCCAAUUUAAUUAAUUUAGAUUCUUGUAAAAACGCAUUCUCACCAUCAUCCGAAGUACACACAUGGGACUAUGUUAUUAAUUGUGCGGGAGAAACAAAACCAGCUCAAACUGACCCGGUUUAUAAAGAGGGUAUACUUAAAUUAAGUCUUAAUUGUGCCAAUCAAGCCGCUUUACAUAAGGCAAAACGAUACAUCGAAAUAUCGUCUGGUCAAAUGUUUAAUGCAGAUAAAGUUGCUCAUAAAGAAGACGACGCUAUCAAACCGUGGACUUUUAUAGCCAAAUGGAAGCGACAGGUCGAAACCGAAUUAGAACAAAUUCCAGAUUUACGUUAUACAAUUGUAAGGCCUGCAAUUACGUACGGCUUGGGAGAUAAAGCUGGUCUUAUGCCCCGAUUAAUGGUGGCAGCCAUAUAUAAACAGCUAGGUGAAACGAUGAAGCUUCUGUGGAGUUCUGAUCUUAAACUUAGUACUGUACAUGUAAAUGAUAUUUGUCGAGCUAUAUGGUUUCUUUGUAGAAGAGACGAUACUGUUGGUCAGAUCUACAAUGUAGCUGAUGAUGCCGAGUCAACUCAAGGUUCCAUAUGUGGUCUAUUAACCGACAUUCUUGAUGUAAAGGUUGAUUAUUAUGGUAAUUUAGUAUCAUCUGCGGUAGACUUAACAGCAGCAGCAGACGAUGCUAACGACAAGCAUCUGAAACCAUGGGCGGAAGCCUGCCGAAAAGAUGCUGUCCAAAAUACACCUUUAUCACCACAUAUGGAUUAUGAGAUUCUAUUACCAAAAAAUUUACAUUUAGAUUGCAGUAAAAUUAAAAAACUCGGAUUUGAAGUAAGUAUUCCAAAACCGACUGUCGAAAAUUUGCAAGAAAUAGUGAGAGAUUAUGUCGAUAUGAAAGUAUUCCCUAAUUCGUUGGCUUCAUAAUAGUUCGCUUGUGAACCAUUACUAACUAAUGGUACAACGUAACACAGAGAAACAUUUUUUUAUAAAGGAAUUGUUCACAUGUUUGGCAUUCAUUUCAGUUUGGCUACUAAUUAAUAGUGUGUUUUUUGACUAAUUAACACAAGCGUUCAAUACAUUCCACUGAAUCAAACACUGUUUAAACUUCUCUUAAACCUGGACAGGUAGGCUUUGUUUCACUGUAUGAAGAUCAAUCUAGUCUUAUCACAGAUUAAGCGCGAAUCGUGUUAAACACUAGUC